GGCCCUUUUGUUUUAUUAUUUCUUUUUGAAUAUUAUAAACAUGUCUACCCAGUCGAUUUUAAGCAAGGACGAUGUCAGCCUCGAGAAAGGUGUUAGCAACAUUCAACUUGAAUCAGAUGUAAAGAAAACGAUUCCCAAGUUUGGUUCCCAUAAUGCCACGGUAUACAAGUAUAUCACCGGUAAAUUUUAUCAUCCCAGUACUCGUUUCGAUGAUCUUCGUGGUCUUAGUAUCAAUAAAGGCGGUGAUUGCGACUUGAUUCAGGCAAACUCCAAAUUUAUCGCAGUACCAAUUUCUGGCCCCGGUGGCCGUGUUGCUAUUAUCAACGCUGAUAAGCCCGGUCGUCUUCCUACACAGAUUCCUUGUGUGAUGUGUGGAUCAGAGGUUAUCAACUUUAAGUUCAGUCCUUUUGAUGAGUCUAUAUUGGUUACUGUCUCCAAUGAUAAUAAAAUUCGUGUGUGGAGUAUUCCAGAGGGUGGAAUUGAAGAGGAUGUUGCUGAACCAAAGUUCAUUUUAGAAACUCGAUCCAUGGAUAAAAUUCAUUUGCUCGAAUUUCACCCUACCACAAAGGAUAUCUUGUUGACUACCUCCGAUGAUUUAGGGAAUCCAACUAUUCGUAUUUGGAACCUUGAAACACAGAAGGAUGAAAUUACUUUGAGUGGCAUCCAUAAAGAUGUGAUUUUCAGCUGUGCCUGGAGUCCUGAUGGCAAGCAAAUUGCAACUACCACAAAGGAAAAGAAAAUUCGUGUUUUGGACGCUAGGACAGGUAACAUCAUUUCCGAAGGGCCUGCUCACAACAGCAUUCGACCUUCUCGUCUUCUUUGGCUUAGUCAAGAGACUGGUUUGUUAAUUAGUGUUGGGUUCGGACUCGGAUCUGCUCGUGAAGUCUUGUUGCUUCAAAAGGAUAACCUCGCCAAACCUGUAGCAAAGAAUAUGAUUGAUGUUUCCCCCAGUGUUAUGAGCGCUUACUUUGAUAAAGACUGUCAAAUCCUUUUUGUGGCUGGCAGAGGUGACCGUACUAUUCAUACUUUCCAUGUAGAGACCGAUACCCAAAAGUUGGUUCCUCUUGCAAAGAUCGAAUCUGCUUCCCUCCAACAAGGUUUCGCUUUCUUGCCAAAGCGCGCUUGCAAUGUCAAGGAAAUUGAAAUCGACAAGUUCUAUAGAUUAACACCGACACAUAUUGAAGUGGUCGGUGUUCGUGUACCUCGUGCUAGACCUGAGUAUUUCCAAGAUGAUAUCUUUGUACCUACUCCCGAUAUCGAGCGUCCUGCUCAAAAUGCUGCUAGCUGGUUUAACGGCGAUGAUAAACAAUUAGAGCUUAUUUCAUUGCAGCCUGAAGGCAUGACUGAAUUAUCGGUCGCUCCCCCUCCUCCUUCCCAGGCCCAGUCAAAGAAGAAAUUUGAAAUGGGCAAGCAGUAUGUUAGCGACGAACAACGUAAACAAGAGCAAAUGGAGCGUAUGUUCAAGGCAGCUAAAAACCUCCCCGAACCAGAAGUCAAACCCAAGAAUACAAACCCUGAGGAUGAAGAGGUCGCUGAAGAUGAGUGGGACGAUUAAAUUAUAACAGUAAAACCAUACUCAUGUAUAUAGAAAUAAAUUAAUGAAUAAUAUUACUUUUUUUUCCUGCUAACCGAGGC